AUGCUACUCGAACCAUCUUCCGCAGGUGCAAUCUUCGAGACCAAUGCUCGUGGGAGCUCGGAAUACCAAGCCUUUAUGAACUUUCCCAGUUCAGCUUCGCUCCUUUGGCAAAAUUUUCGCGUGAAGCAGCGCAUUAUCCACGUGGAGGACUUGAAGAACAGCUUCCAAGUAGCCAGUGCCAGUAGGUCCAUGUUCAGUGGUUAAUAGUUAUUAAUAGUUAUUAGGUGUUUUAACUUAUUUAAAUAUUGAACGUCUUGUUUACAUUUUUGGGCAUAGCCAUCAACGUUGUGAGCCAAUGGUAGGAAGAAUUGUGGCUACUAAAGUAGUUUCCUUCUUGUGAACAAGUCCUUUACAAAUAACGUCUCUUGGUCCUCGACGCCUGCGCUACAAAGUUACCCCUCAUUGGUCACAUGACCGUUGUUUGUUUGUCGCUAAUCAAAAUCAAAAUAUCCUCAGAACACCUUAAACGAGCAUGCAGGGUUUUAUCAAGUUGGUCGAAGAAAACUAUAGCAGAUGUGCUAUCUUAUGAAAUGUUACCUUAACUUCUGUAAGGCGCUUAGGAUUAAAAAAGAUUACAAAGGGGAUUGCAAUAUUGAUUAUCUUACAGAAUAAUCACAAUAUGUUUCCGUCUAGUCAGGACGUCGACUUUUUAAUGGGUUUCUUUCUGGUUUAGCGUAAAAACUACUGUUCGUAAAUAUGGCAACUUUAGCUGUAGAAAUUUUUUCCUUUGGACCUCCGAAGCCCUUAUAAGUUCGAUCACAUUUGAUGGAAACAUUCUCAAAAUAUUCUUUUUUGAACGUCCUGUCUACACUUUUUACAUAAAGGGAAAAUACCCGUCAUCGUUAUAAACCGUUUAUAAUUUCGAAUAAUCAUGUGUCCUACAGUUGUUGCAAUUACUUUCGUACUUUCCAAACAAACAGAAUGUAGACAGUUGACAAAUCGUCAUAUAUGAAAUCACAUUAAUUAUUAGACGAUAUUUAGAUGCGAACUUCCCUGAAACAGAAUUAUUAAACGUUAUUUUAUUCCUAUGUUUCACAUUUACUACGUUUUCAUAAGUGAAUGAAUUCUAUGCAUCUAUAAACGAAGCUUACUAGAUUAGCGCCAUUUCUGACGUUAUCAGGAUAUUGAGCUUUUCUAAAGGAAUCGGCAUUUCUAAACAACGCAACAUUUGCCCUUAAUAUUUCUUUUAUGUCUUUAAUUAUUUUUAAUUUGUACUUAAUUAACUUAGACACUGGACCCAUGAAAGGGUGUCAGUUUGCGAGCGAUUGGCAAUAAUUCGCAAAUUUUGACAUAUUUCAUGAGUUACUUUACGCACUGUAGGACUCAUAAAUGUGUUCCAUGGAUAUGGUUUAGGUUGUAUACUUUAUAUGUAGCAUUAAUAAACAUCCUCAUUCGAUGCUAUAUUAAUCGGCACUUCAUCGUCUCAAUAGUCUCAUGAUUAUAAAUUUCUAAAACUAAAAUAUACCCUUUCUCUUAGUAAGCAAUUUAAAAUAGACAUAAUUUGCCGCCAAAUGAGUGCAGGGAGGAAUAUUUUUACGCCUUUCUACAUAAGCAGGACUGAUCCGGCAUUCUCAUGACAUGUAGUAUUGAGCCUGGUCUAUAAAUGAAUGUGUUUUGUUCAUAUUCACUAAACUAGCAAAAACACCACUCGAACGUUCGUCUAUGCCUUCUGUUGAUAUCUGUAGUGGCGGGUUUAGUGAAGACAUUAUCUUCAGGUAUAAUUAUUAUUCCUGCCCUUUCUGACAGCUCGACUACCGUAAUACUGUACUCUUGUCUCUCUAUCAGUAAAUAUAUUUACGUCAAAUGUUAGUGAGCACAUCUGGCCGCUUUUGAUUAAGCAACAGUCUCAGAUAAAAUUCUAAAAAGCAUUUGAAAACCUAAUAGCUUACCUUAAGCAGUAUUGUCAAAGAACCAGCGAUAAAACACGAUUAUCUAUGUAUGUUGGAAUUUCCACUUUAUAUUAACUUUCGGAGCACAGUAUGGUCAUUUUCUAUGUAUAGUAUUUGUCUGACUGUGAAAUAAAUGCUGGGAAAAUUUCUUAUGUUUUACCAGCCGUAGUUUACUAUUGUCGCAUAUCUCUUUCGUGUUUCACAGUUUAGUUGUUCAAUUAAAACCACCGGAAAAAUGCGUGCUAAGGAGCAAUUACUUGAAGCUAGCUCCUUGAGGAAGGGAUCCGACGAAGUAAAUUUAUAUGCUAUUCGCGCAGUAAUGCCUCUGCUGAAAUACACGAAUUAUAAUUUUUUCUUAACCUGUGGAAUGCAUUUUCUCUUUGAUCAUUAAGUUUCGUAGUCUGAUCCAUAAGUCUACUUCAAGAUUAAUCGUUCUUAGGCGGUUGCUUUCGCAGAAUUUUUCCUAAGAUUACUUUGUCUUAAAAUGAAACGGAACUCAAUUACAGACACAAUUUGACGUAAAAAAGCUAAAACGGAAUUUUUUAUGGAUCACAACUUCUCUCGCUCAGAUCGUCCAGCGCUUUUAAAGUGAAAGUUGCGUUUUAUUCGUAUUCGCAACUUUGGAUUGCGUGGCUGAGACGGUUAAGUACUUUCUUCAGUAGGAUAAGGAUAACAUGAAAACAUUACAGAAAUCAUCUGCUGAGUUUUACCGAUGCGCCACAUAUUCCUUGAUCGACAUAAUUCUUUCUUAGUCAUUUGAAUUAAAUGAAUUAAUUUAGUUGUAAUGGGCAUCUUUAAGCAUUCUUCACUCCAAUCUACCACAGUCUGUGAACUGGUUGCGGAGGGAAUCGUGACAAUCUUUGUCUCAGUAUACCCUGAGACGCUGACUAUUGUGAAAUCAAUGACACUUCAGCAUGACGUCCUCGUCUUCACUACGACUGAUGCCCAUCACUUUGGGACCUCGCAGCAAGAACUCAAUUACUCCGUCAACAUCAUCAAGUUACGACCGUUGAAAGCGCCUGCCAUCAUCGAUUUUGUCCUAGACUCAGGAUGGGAGGACGUCCUCUACCUCUACGAGUCUCAGCAGGGUGGGUGAUAAUCGGUCUGGACUCCUGAUUCUAGUUCUGUCCAAGUUUUCUACGUUUUUGCAAUCUUCUCCAUUAUCAGCGCCAACAAAACCUUUAUUGCAGGAAAGUUAAAUUAAUCAAAACCUACGUUGCCUGGAUUAGUAAAAUCACUGCCUAAUAAUUUAUCGACUUGUGAUCAGAUCGAACAGAGUGUUCUAAAACAGUCAAAACUCUCACUAUCUAAUACACAGCAAAGAAAAACAACUCGAAAAAUAUAGAACUGCAUUAAAUCCUGUUUAGAGACUAAAAUAACAUUCGACUACUGGAACAAAGGUUAGACAAAAAAUCCAGAGGUUCGGUGGUUAGCUCAACAAGACCAAGGCUCCUCAAGGGUUAGGUUUAUAAGUUAAAAUUGCUGUAUUGAGAAUGCGACAACUAAGCUUCUUACUUAAAUCGUGUGACCCUUAUCUUGGCAUGGAAUAAAGCCUGUGGUCUGGCGAACUGAUAAUUGCCAAAACUGGCCCGAGGAGAACAUAUUGACUGUUGCGGUUACCCCUGAAAAUUAAGCUCCACAUACUUGCCUGCUUUUUAGCAUGGACCCUAAAAAUAGUCAGUGGUCGAAUUUUUAUAAAAGUAAGCGCACUUUUGGAGUUUAUAAUGGCCGAAAAGUAAAUGCCCACUAUACACUCGCUUCUGUUCCAAUGCACAAGUUUCGUUUUUGAAGCCGAUGAUUAGUUUAUUCUGCAUGACUCAAGUCCGUUCAAACACAAUAUUCAUUACCACGGGGCUUAAAUGUUGUUAGCAGAACUAACUAGGUAUAUUGUACAAAAACUUUUAGAGAGUAUGUUCAGUUUAAACAUUGCCCUUCUUAUACAUUUUAACGUUGUUAUCUAUUUCCUAACUAUUGUACAUCCCAUCCCGCCUAUCGCAUUCUGAAACUAGAGGUACUUACAGUUACGCAUAGUUGUUGUCCUAACGUUAUCCCUGAAGAUCAGCCCAAACGGAUAAUUCGAUUACAGAAGAUUUCUUUUUAUUUGAUUUGAACUUAGAUUCCAACCUUGCUGUGUCAUGGGUAAACAAAGUCAUUCGUCCUUUACAGACAUUUUCGAAAUGCAUUGUGUAUUGUUAACGCACCUUUUAGGAUUCCUUGCCCUGAUGAUCGAACGUCCAUCGUAUAUGUGGUUUGUGUGUUUCUUUAAAAGGCAGUUGACAAACAAUCUUUUCUGACCUGGCUGGAGAGCGCUAUCAUAUAAUUCCCAUUUCCAAUGACGCACGGAUUUUUUCAUUUACCUGCUACCUAAAUACAAAUGAUUCGAACCAUUAAUUUUAAAAAGCUGGCGUCCUUAUGAACACUAUUAGUCAAAAGGGCCUAAAAAUCCGUCUCCAGACCUAUUUCAAGGUAUCACCCCGUCAAACUAGUCAUUUCUUCUGGUUUCGAUGACGCUAUUCCUCCGUGACCGGCCUUAACAUCUUAACGUAAAUACAUCAACAGCUUUGUAUUUUUGGAACACCCUAUCAAGCCAACUACCGUCUGCGAUGGAUUUUGGAGCGGGUGAUUCGACACCAACCAGGAUUCACCGUGGACUUUCGAAGACUGCGCUCGGCUGCUGAGAGCAGAGAUGAAAGUGCAGGCGGCAGCGACGGUCAAUACGGACUCCUACAAUAUGUCAAUUCCAAGACCAAAUACUUCCAACGAAAAUCCAUCAUUCUAGACGUGACUUCCUCCGCAAUGACAAAGCAGGCUCUUCAUCACAUAGAAAUUCUGAUGCCGGAGAGGGCUGACUUUCAAUUUCUCAUUAUUGGAGGGGUAGGUUGAUUGCUAUAAAACACGUAACAUACAGGAUACACUGCGUUGCGGGCAGUAAAGAGGAUCGGGGACAGACAAUUGUUCAGCUUGUGACACGACAUGCGGAAAACAGAAAUUUACACUUCACCGACACUUGAUGGAGUGCUGUUGAACAUAUUUUUAGUACAACUACAAGCAAAAACGGUUCACUUUAAAAAUUCACGCAAACUCGUCUUUAGUACCCAGGGCUUUUGAAGACUUUUGACAAGGCCGAGUUUUAUAUAUAAUUUUUAACUUUAUAUGAAAUGGGCAAAAAAACAAAUCAACGAAUACUCAUAAAUCUGUUGAAAACGAAUGUUGAUCCUAUUUGCUACAUUAAAAAACUUCAGUUGUUUUCAAAUAGCGCACCAACUGCAUUUGGGACCCAAUGGAUAGGAUUAUCCCAUAUGGGGAAACGCUCAAACCCAUAGGUUGGUGUAAACUAUCUCGACAAUUGAUUUCAAUACUCCUUCGCCAAUUUACGAUGACAGAAGUAACUAUGCUGGAGUAUAGGUGGCAGUACCUCAUCUUACAUUGUUACCGGUCGCUCUGCGACGGUCCGCUAAGGCUCUAGGUUGAUUCCCAAGGCGCAAUACAAGGGGCAUGUCGCGUGUCCCAUGAUACCUACAUGUUCCACUUUAUCAAAAUGACGAAAAAAGGAUUUCGUUACAUUUCUUACACACUGGAUUCGUCGUCAUGGGACUGGCCAUCUAGGGGUGAGUGGAUCCGCUCGACGAACGACUACAAGUUUCUGUAGCCUCCAUACAGCUUUACGGAUAUUCCACUUCACUACCUUUGGCAGCUGUCAAAAGACAGGGUUUUUCAGCUUUCCGGCAAAAUCUGCUUUCAUUACUACUUUGGCUUCAGAGUGGAAGGACUAUUGCCUGAUAUAUUCACUGCAAUAAAAGGCUUUCUUAGCAGCCCUGUGAUUACUUGACUGUUUGGUUAGUCCCUAAUGAAGACAUCUGGGGAGAGUAGUCGUUCUUCACUUUCUCCUCAUGGGUACCGCGCAUAUCGGGCACGACAGAGACAAUUUGGAUGCUGAUGUAUUCAGAUUGGCAAAGGUGAGAGAUCCGGGUUGGUUAUUUGAAGAUAAGGAUAGGCGCUCUGGAAUGUAUUCAACUCAACCUCGCCUGGCGACAAUUGUACUGUCGACAAAUAAUGCCAGAAGUUUGGCUUUACAUGAGUUUCAAGCUUUGGGAAAUGUAAAAAAUUAUCGGUGUGACCUUCGUCGGCUCAUAUGUACUUACAGCGACGGCGAGGAAUAUUUGAGUGACAUCGUAAUUAUUCGUUGGAUUUAACAGUUGUCAAUGAGCCAAGGUUCAGGAACUUCGAUCUCUGGAACAGUCCGUUUGCAGGACUUUAGUAAACAUGUCUCGAAUCAAGACCAGAUGGAGACACUCAGAUAUGCAUCACUGACUGUUCGUUGAGUCGCUCAAUAGCUGCAUUUCUUGAUUCUGGUAUAUCUUAGUCAUUCUUUAUGAUGCUCUUACAUCUCUUCAUCGGAUUCGGAUUAAGUAAAUGCUGCAUCGCAAAUAACAUAGAGUUACAGGCCACUGGGGGUGCAUCAUUGCUUUCUUAUGGUAGUCAAUCUAUUAUGAGAAGCUAAUUGAAAUACCUUUGCCCAGUGCGUGGCAUCUUCUUUACCAAGUUACUUGAUUACACAUCUGUGACGAUUUAGGUUUUAUAGUUUAAUGUUGUAUGAUGUUGAUGUUGUUUGAUGCUGUUGAUGUAUUUUUGGUCCGACCCACCCGUUAAAAGCCCGACGACCUAGGUGGGAUUUUAAUUAACGACAGCAAGGGCAAGACUUGAGAACAAUCAUCGUUCUAACCAGCGGAGCUAUGAGGACUCGAUCGAGAGUCGUACCUUUAUGCACAGUUUGUUGGGCAGCUUUACCUGAUAAAACACAGGCCCAAUAAAACAACUGGGUCCCCAAUGAAUCGCGGUGUACACUGAAGGUUAUUCGGUUGAAUUCUCAGGAGGUCGUUCGGAAGAUGAAAUGCUCACGAGGGUUAUUUGUACUCCGGAAUCUAGGCCGUGUAUGUUCCCUUGAAACUAACAGAGACAUAUAACUAUCCCUUCUGAAAUCCAUGCUUAUGUGGUUGCAACGGAAUUUUGUUGGGUUGACUUCCGCAAAUGGUUAGUGGUCUCGAGAAUAAAAUUUUCAACGGUAUGUUAACCAAAGUAGUUUCUUUGGGUUGUAGUGGUUUGACCAACGCCUACCUUAUUUAUUUGCAUAAUGAUGGCAUCCACGGUAAAUUACCAUAAAAUAUAAGAUGCACAGUUUAGGAAUGCGCACACAGCUACGGGAUUGCUUCUGCUGGUAGCGUUAGAAUGAUGAUAGGGUCGCCGCGUCCACAGGUUACGAUGCGGUAUGGAAACUGAGCUCAGGGGAGGCUCCAAGGCUCCACGUUACACCAUCUUGAAAACAGUGUGAUUGGGCCUCGACUUCCGCAUGUAAGCUUACUCAGCCGAAAACAGCAGUUUUGGAGGAGUCUUCAUGCCAUUCACCGACCACAGUGGGUCACAGUUCGUAACCCCAGUCUCUUUCUGAAGGGAUAUUUUUGAUGAGGUUUUUUGAAACAUGUGUGGUUGGAUUGCAAUGAAACAGUAACGCUUUGCUUACGACUAAGUUCGUCAAAAGUGGUCUUUUCCCAACCGUGGACCAGCUGAACUGUCAUCUGUCUGAAAUUUGAAUUGCGAAGAGAGGGACGAAAAAAGCCGCCGUUCCUAUUCGGUGGCUAACUGGUCUGAGGCUGGUUCUGUGAUAUCUGUAUUCGUUCGCGUGGCGUGUUCACUGCUGUGUCUACAGUGGUACUAUGGUAGAAGGGCGCUCACCGAUCGUUCUCAUGGGACUCACUCGUUCCGUUUUGCCUUAGGAGCUCUCUUUCGAGCCGAAACAGCAGCCUCACAGCGGCGCAUGAUAUAGGCAGAAUGUUAUUAUCGACAAAGACAAGGGAAAGUGGAAUGGCCAUUUCUGACUUAUUAACCAUCGUCAUCAAGUCAUACCCAAACCCGAAGUGUGGAACACCUGGGGCUCGAAUUCGCGAUCUCAAUUUCAGCUGCAUAGCCCUUUGUUAUUGAUCGCCCUGCCAGUGAAGCUCAGUGUCGCUACUGUUAACAUGAUAGUUAUUUUCGAAAAAAGAUGAACACGCGAUCAAUAUACGUAUAUUAAUCUGGGUUUUCGGUCCCGUACAGAAGGCCAUCCUCAGAGACUGUGACAAUGAGCUGUCAAAUGAGCAGUUCUGUAGUCAAACAAAGAGGGUGAGAUGGGAGUACAAGGGGUGGUGGUUACGAUAAAGCUGGGUCCAGGUCGUCUCGCGGCGGCGUGACUGCUUGCAUCCUUACAUGGGAAUUAGGUCUCGCCUCUUGGCCGCGAGAAAUGAGCGCAUGAUAGCCGGGGGUAUAUAAACGUGUCUGUUGACGACUUUAGUGUCGGACACCAAGUCUUACAGGAUUUCUCUGCCUGCCUUAUUGCUGACUCGAGUCAAUAUCCGCUUGCUCACGCAGAUGAAUUUGUGGCCUUCCUCCAGUGUAUGAAUAGCGACCUGAGACAGGGGGUCGCCUCUCCCGACCGCUGGCCUGUGGUGCGUUAUUCGCGAGCUAAGCCGUCCUCCGGUCUGUCCUAUGUAGUGGCGAGGGCAGUCCCGGCAUGGGAUCUAAUAUAUGUCAUCGGAUUGUUCUCUCAGAUAUUGUCGGUCCUUCAGUUGCAUUACUUUGUUGCGCAUGGUCGCUGCCGGACGGUAAGCGAUAUCCACGCCGAGCUCUCUUCCCAUACAUUCUGCUGCUUUGGACGCAUUCUUUAUAUACGGUAGGGUGGGUCAGGGUGUUGGUGGCUCGCUUCCGUUCGUUCGUCGAGGUUGCAUGCUGGGGCAGUGGCUGAGGAAGCUGUUAAGGUAUCCAUUGCUUACCAGUUGUUUCCGAACUUGCCGUAGUUCCCGCACUCGUCCCCUGGUUCACAGUAAUGCGUUUUUACUCAUUGGAAGCGCGUUCUAACACAGCUGCGUUUAUAUGUCAUUGAGUAGUUGCUAUAGUAGCUGAGAAUUUGAGCCGUGCUAGUCUCCUUUAUAUACAUCGUAGUGUUGAGUUGGCCAUUAGGUGCGCAUGCGACGAAAAUGUUAAGGAAAGGCAGCUGCUUGGCCUGCUCUUCUUCUCUUGUUAACUGAAUGUCGGGGAAGAGGCCGUUAAGCAGAUCUUAAAAGUCUGCUAGUCUGCUUCUUCCAAUUAAAACGAACGUUUCGUCUAAGUACCGAUGCCGGAAAGCAGAUUCAUAAUGGUCGAAUGCGACUUUUUCCAGCUCCUGUAAAUCUAAUUCCGUGACGAGGCUGGAUAGCUGCGAACCCAUUGGUGUUCCUUUGAUCUGCUCCUAUGUUCUGCCAUUGAAGGUGAAAAAGGUUCGUUUGCAGAAAUCAAAGAGUUAUUGCCCUUCAUUGAUCUCCUUGCUAGGGAGUACGCAUCUCUUGUAAAGCACCCUCUGCGCAGAUAUCUUGUUCCAGUUCGGCCAGUCAAGUACUUAUCUAUUGGUGGUUUCUGUUUUUUAUUCUAAGCAUUUUUUGGCAUUGGAGCUCCAAAUGAUCGGCGAGAGCCUGGUACUCAUUUAAUCGGCUCUAUUUCGCCAAUUCCUCGGAGAUUGAGGAUCUAAUUAUGCUUGCUAAAGUGGCAAGGAUACGAAAUUCCGGCAUGCAUAGGCGGAGAAAAGAGAGGAAAGAGGGUCGGAAAAGGCAGUUUAGAGCAAAACGUCUAGUGCGUCGUGCAAUCUCGGCGCUCAUUGCUGCAGGCAACACGAAACCCGGCCGUCCAUCUACUUUGACUGUCCUCAUCUUCGCCCGCGUGCGAGCUAUUCUUCCUGCCCACCGUCACUCCAUCCCUACUGACUGUAUUCUGGGGGGGGCAGUUUACCACCUCAAAAUAAGUCCUCUUUCUUUGCUGGCAAAAAUAACGCAUUCGGUGGCGGGCACAAUUGACUCGAUAUUUCAUUUCUUCGAGUGCGUCAAGCCGCAGUGGAAGUCGCAUAAUUGGCAACAGCAAUGAAUUUCCGCCUUGCGACUCAACUCCUCCGCCCUCCCCAAUUUCCCCUUCAGAAAAAUUGCGUAUUGGUAGUUCUGCCCAAGUUAACAGGGAAUCAUCCACAAAACAAGCCGAUGCAGGGAUUAAUUAGCAAAUGAUAAAGGGGAGAAACAACUUCCGAAAGAAGAAAAUGCGCAAAAGCUUUGCUUUUAGCGUGGUGAAAAUUCUGUGCCUGUCGAAUGUCUAUCUUAUUCAAUCAAAUUAGCUUUUGUAUUUACUGGACACUUAGUAAAAGCUGAAGGUACGACCGCUGGAAUAAGAAAUUUGUUGGCCUGCCGUUUUGAAUUCCCACCCGGGCCAUCAUCGGGCACAGUCGAAAGAAAGGAGCACGGGGACACAACGAGAGUAAAUAUGCAUAGGGUACACAAUGCCCCACACGGUUACAGUGUCCACGUUCAUCGCUGGAGGCUAGUAUCUGACACGAUGAGGGGUUAUUGUGUUUGUAUAUAGAGCGAUGGCCGGAGAACCGUAACUCAAGUAGCUCACGGUGUCGCAGGGUCCCGUCAAAUGGGCCGCUACCUGGACGUCAGUGUCACUCCUCAUCGCCGUUGUUGCAUGCUCAAAUUUUCGUGUCCGAUAUGAUAUCGCAGGGCUUCUGACGCAGUUGCUAAGUCUGCAACUGCCUCAGAUACUCAACUGUUUGCUUGUCUGGCGGGACAAAAUAUUGCAUAAAUUUGGAGAUUAGGCUUUGCUUUCCUUUUGUUUGGACCAUAAAACAAGUUAAAUGGCAGUACUUAUAAAAAUCCUGUAAGUUUUGAGAUGUUUGGAAAACCCGUACUCGGAAUAAAAGGUCGAUCUGGUUAAAGAAAACGCGCUCGACUAUUUCGGUAACAGUAUGACUGUAGGCAACGGUGAUUUAGCCAAAGCUCCUACAUCAACAACUCUCUAAAGUUCACUACCACAGCGGCCGACUAUGAGGAAGUUACUCCUUUCUCUUCUGGACGUUCGGCGGUGUGCCGCAAGUCUUUGCCACAUGCUCAUGACUCAGGUGCCAUGCCCCAUGACCGAACGGACUUAAAAGAACCGCUUAUUUACGCCGUUCGACCGUUGGCACGCCUUUGAAGUAGCCAUAGGCGUGAUACACGUAAAUAAUGCAGACGAGGUUCCAGGACGUAAUUUUUAUAAUGUCCUUUGUAAAGGUUAAUUAGCAUCUAUGCCCAAAUUUAAGAAUGUCUUGGACUAAGGCACGCACUUUCCUUAACAUGCAUCUCGCCUCAACCACUCCCGCUACAGAACUAAUUAGCUAACUAGCAUUUCAUGCUGUUAGCCUGUCAACUGUUCUGUGCCUUCUUUACGCGUUCCUUUCCCCCUUAUUUUGGCAACUGAAUGAGAGGUCAGGCAGUUUUGUACGUCACUUUCUCCCCUUUUUUAAAAUCCCGACAUGGUUCCUUUAGAAUUGUAGUGAAAUGAUCUUCGUGGGUAUCAUGCCUACUUGAUGGGAGGCAUGGGGUUUCGGCAAGAAAAACUCUAGUGAAGGCAGAUAGGUAUUUGAAGAAGCGUGGUGAACUUCUGUGACCUUUCUCCCGGCAACCUUUCAUCCGGUUUGGAAUUUAUUAAUAUGCGUUUAGUCGCAAUGUCUGCAAGUCAUAAUUGGUUUCAUUACUAUUAUUAGUACCAUAUUUAAAAGGCUAUCAUACAUUACAAUAGCAUGCAAAGUGGCAGCUGCUCUCCAUAUAUGCCAGAAAAUGCAUAUUUUCUGCCUGUCCAUCUUAUGCUGCGGCUUGAUAUCGAAAUAAAUUGUCGAAGCUACUGGGACUUAUUUAUCUUUGGACAACGAUCACAUUCACUGAAUGGAAAGAAAUUAACCGCAAGAAUCAUAUUUUUCCUGGACCUGAUUAUGGGAAUUAAGUCACAGUGCAGCGAUGCAUGAAAAUAUACGUUAACAAGCCUAUCGCUUGUACAGGACACGAUGACCUACCAUUGGAAUUCUGGGUGCGAUCUCAUAUUGCUUUGUCGUUGCUAAAACAUCCCAACACUUCAAAACUGAAGGACGAUAAAAGCAAGUAUAAGGGAGACUUUAAUGGGCAAUUUUGGCCUCACUACCGUCAUCAGUACUCACAUGUACGGUUCAGGAUAAUUGCACACAGUGCUUAAGUCGGAAUAUCCGUAGACACUUUUACGAUCAGGAUAGAUCGGUAAAUGUCCCCUCAAUGAAGCAUUUAGGAGUUCUCUGAGUUCCAGUCUUAAGACAAAAGUCGCAGCAAGUCUUUGAGGUCACCCAUUAUACCACCUUUCAGGACACAAAGAUCGUCAACAGCAGCGUUCUUCGCUUCGGAGGCAUAAACAUGACAGUCAUCUCCCUGCUCAACUUCAAUUCAGCGGCGAUGAGGAAUUAUUUUAAUGAGCUAUAUCCUCGUGUACGAGAACCUGUAUAUCUGCCAACCAACCUUUCGGUAAGCUUUGCACUUGCAAUUUUCAGAUGCACGAAAGAACACGCUCAUUGUAGACUGCCUACAGUUAUAGAUAACAUAAUGGACCAUUCAACCAGAAUUGUGUGAUUCAUUUUGUUCGGUAAACUGGAUCGCCAUGGCUAAAAGCACAAGAAAGGAAGAUUAAAGGGCUAACCCGGCAUACUUUUUUUACCGAUUACCGUUAAAAUGUAGUUAAGGAGUUUUCCCAACAAUGCCGGAGUGUUGGAAUUCUAUUACAAAAAUCAGAACGGUCCGUAGUUAUUCGGUAGACUGGACGCCUGAACACUAGUACCUGCUUGAUUGACUAGGCGCCAUAUCAAUGCAUUAUUUAUUGGUGUCUGUCUGAGACUUAGGCUUCAAGUAACUCCCGCCUUAUCUUGUUUCGGAUACGUUCAGUCACGCACUUACCCCCCUUUUCUGUCUGUGAUGAUGGUUCAGACUAGGGUCAGAGAGCCCGAAACUUCAGACCAUUAAAAAUCUUGUCACAGCACUCGCAUCAUCUUCUACACUGUUUCCUUGAACUCACCCAUUCCUCUCUAUCAACGCAGCCAAUUAUAAUUGAAAAGUCAAAUUGGCGAACACGUGUCUUCAGUAACUCUUCAUCAGGCCAAAACGGUUACAAUGAAGUUUAAGUUAUGCGAAUUACAUGACUUAUGAAUGAUUCGGGGACAAUUAACAUCGAUCGUUCCCACGCCACUCGCAUGACGAGGCGUGCUAUGGCGUGGUCGGCGUGUCGUGGUCAUUGGGUUCAGGGGGCGAGGAAGAGACGGGGCAUAGGCUGUGAGUACGUUGUGUACCUUGUGCACCCACCCUGGCAUCAGGAGGUUGGAGCGACGUUGGGGUCGGCGUCGGCCACGGAAGACAGAGCGCCUGUGUCAGAGUCUUCUGACAGCAUAGCACUGGAUUGGCUAGCCGUAUAGCCACUGGCGUGGGAACGAUCGAAGUUAAUUGUCCUCGAAUCAUUUAUAAGUCAUGUAAUUCGCAUAACUUAAACUUCAUUGUAACCGUUUUGGCCUGAUGAAGAGUUACUGAAAACACGUGUUCGCCAAUUUGACUUUUCAAUUGUAACAUGGGAAUAUUCGCAGCCAAUUAUCUCAGAAGCUACAAAGAUGGACAUGUAGACCACUUCGGAGGGCGCGGGUAGCCACUUGUGAUAAUUCGGAACCCCCUUGCACAACCAGCUUAUGUUUCUCUAAGUGUGGUCUGAGUAUCUGUUCAGUCUGUCCUGUGUAGUUACGGGGACAGUUUAGUGAUGAUUGACGGCACACUACACCAAAGUAUUUCAUGGAGUAUUUCAUGGCACAGUACACCAAAGUAUUUCAUGGAGUCACGGCCGUCAGUCAUCACCGCGGCCGACGGGGGCGAUUCAGGUCACGGUGACAUGCGGGUUGGAUGCAGCCACACAGGCGGCAUUAGCGGAUCACGCAUUGGACAAAGGGCACCAUAAUAAGGAGUGCUGUGCACAGGACCUCCCAGUCCCUGAAGAAGGGUAGACGAGUAAACUACCCGAAACGUCGGAUCUCAAAUAAACCCCUCCCGGUGAACGCCCACUCUUCUUUUGAUAUGCCACCUGGGAAUCGGAUUUUCACUACUAUUGAUUUCAUGGAGUAUUUCAAAUACAUAAUUUUCAUGACCGUAGCACGCAUGCUAACUGUGAGCCGGUCGGCAGUUUCAACACCUAGCUCCGCAGCAAUGCGCUCAGUCGCCUCUGACGCGUCCUUUAUGUACGGUAGAACAUGUCGUAUACCCUGUGGCAUUUCUGUUCGCAUCCUUCGAGGCGGACACGUAGGCAUCGACUGGUAAAAACCUUUGGAUAGCUUCUCCCCAUAUAUUUGUCGGCGGAGAUGUUGUGGUAAGUCUGAAUUCUUUUGAAGAGCUUUCUCACACAGUUCCAGCCGUGCGUCACCAGAUGAGUACUGCGAAAAAUGAGCAAUUACGUGGCGUCCGUCGCCCUCCUAUGAACCCUUGCCUCAAUUUCAUCAUUAGAAUUUCGCCUGAAAAGCACAUCUUGGAAUGGCAGAUAUUGCUUAUUUUCUUCAUUUCUAGUGGAUUGUAUAUCUUGGACGAGUGCAUUGAGCUGAGUAUGGAAAUUCCGCACAAGCACCGUCACAUCUAUCCUAAUGGUCGCGGAUUGACUACUAACGCCUGCGACUAUCACCCUUUCAGUUUCGGCUGUAAUCCCUGUAAAUGAACACCUGCACAUAAUUGAAUGCUCAGAAAAAUAUACAAGUAUUGUUGGUGCUCCGCCAUUCUCUGUUUUGUACGCAUACAUGUACCUGGAACUCGAACAGGCGAGGCCGCAGUAUGUGAACCCAUUUAGGGAGUAAAAUUAGGUUAUCAUGGCAAAUUGCGUCCUCGUCAUUUUAUGAAAUGCGCUUUUGCGUAUUCGCAGUUAGAUAGAAUGUAAUCUAUUUUUUUAUGGAAGCAAAUUGGAAGAACUGGAACAACGCGCCCUCGAACAUUCGCCUCCAUUGAAAUGCACUGCUUAGAGGGCCAAGCACAACAGUGACAGUCGGUUUUCUCCCCGUUGUCACCUUCAACCUUACUUCAGGGCGCGUGGACUCGCAGGCUAAGCUGUUCAAGGACCCAGGGCGCGAGUUUUGCGUCAUGAACUCCUAUCGAACCGGUUACAUUUGAAAAUAACAAAAUUCCAUGAAAGUUGCUAGGAGAAACCCGGCGUUCCAACAAGGAUGGGACUAAUUCUCCAAGGAUUAUGGCCGUUCUACCCUCGUCACCAUGGCCUAUAUGCAACACAGAUAAAACCAUCAAGGACCUGGGACUCCUGUGAUAUUUCAUAGGGUACGAAGACGAAAAAUCACAUACUACCAUCAGAAAAUGCGUUGCGCAGAGACUAACGGAUCUAGAGCAAACUGGGUGCAGAAGUGCAAUCAGAUGUCCUCCGCCGGACAAAUGUCCAUAAUUUCACGGACCGCAAAGCACGAAUACCAGAACACAAUGUACAAAUGAGGGAAGAGAAGUUGUCGUCACAAUUUGCCCUCUAGCUCUCGAAAACGAAGUAGAAAAUGAAUUUGUCAAAUUUACAUAUGAUGUCUGCCUUAUAAGAAGAAGAGUAACACUACUACAAACAACACCUGUGUCAGCUCUCUCCGAAGGCCAAGGUCAAGAGGACUAGCAGAAUUGGUGGUGAAUUAGGGGACAAAGAACUGGUAUUAAUCCAGUUUGCGACGUAUUCUAUUCGUGUAUUUUAGAUAUUUUUCAUGGGCCUUCAGACUGUUAUAAGACAUAGUCAAUAGACGAUUCUGCAGAUUCAUAUUGACCCAACUGUAAAAACUCGGCGCCUCGGUGGGAUUCGAACACACGACAGUAAGGGGGAGGCUUUAGCACAGUCAACGCUCUACCAAGCUGAGCUACGAGGCCCCGCCGGAAGACGCGAGUUAGCAAUGUCUGCAAUCCACCAAAUCUGAUCCAGUAAGCUGACUGGCCAUGCAGGAUUUCCUAAGAAAUCAGUGUAAAAUCCAUCAGAUGACUUCUAGGCUCACAUAAUUAAUCGAUAUUUUGGUAGAUUUCUAAUAGCUUACCUUGGCUCAAACGUGAAAAACUCGGCGACUCGACGAGAGUAGAACCCACGACUCGCGUCGUCUGGCGUGGCCUCGUGCUCAGAUGGUUAGAGUGUCGGCUGUACUAAAGCCUUCCUCUUACUGUCACGGGCUCGAAUCACACCGAAGCGCCGAGUUUUCACAGUUGCGCUAAUUAUUCAAAAUCCGCCAAAGCACCCAUGAGAUACAGCAGGUAUUUUUCAGUGCGUACUUCUUCAGUGCGAAUAAAGAUGUUCCGUAGAGUUGUUUGGUUUGUACUAAGCCUUUCCCUUCAAUAUGGCUGGUUUCCAAGUUGUCUUCUUUGUGUUAUGUUUCCAUUUUCCUCUUUAAGAGGUCCUUAUUGUCUGCAAUUUCAGUAUGAUGCAGCUCUACUUAUUGACGGUCUACAUGCGCUGGUAGAAGUACUCAAACUCCUCAACGAUCCUCUUUCUGCUGAAGCGGAGAAACAGGGCAGUGAAGGUACCCGCGGUUCCCUGACCAACGCCUACAAGUCCACACUGUCGGCCCCUUGCCUGCCUACUUUCGUGCCCCAAUUUACGGCAACAGCUCUGCUAUCAAAAAUCCAACAGGUAACGGCUGCCUUCCCUGCCCUUUAA